AUUACAAGUAGACAAUUACCAUAGACAAAAAUAUUGCGACAUGUAAGUACGCUUUUUCAAGCUUCAUGAAAACAACGGACUAUGAAGUGUGUAUGGAAGUGCGUUAGACUGAUUGCGCCGCAAAUUACUUUCUAGUGUGGCACGAGGUGAGGAAUGAAUGUGAAUAAAUCAGCCUGAUUUGGUUAUUAAUAAGAGAAACGAAGACAAAACAUUUUUUUUUGAAGAUCACAAUGACAACUUUAGAGCAACAAGCUUCCAAACUUUUGGAUUUUAACCAAAAGUUAGACAUUACUUUACUGGAUAAUAUUGUGGGAUGCCUCUACUCGACCGUAGGAGAGCAGCAACGCAUCGCGCAAGACAUUCUUACCACACUUAAAGAACACCCCGAUGCCUGGACUCGGGUUGAUACAAUUCUGGAAUUCUCACAGAAUCAGGAAACAAAGUACUAUGCUUUACAAAUAUUAGAACAAGUGAUACAGACGAGAUGGAAAGUUCUCCCGAGAAAUCAAUGUGAAGGAAUAAAAAAGUACAUUGUGGGUCUCAUCAUAAAGAACUCAUCCGAUCCUAUCACUAUGGAAAGCAACAAAGUAUUUUUGAAGAAGCUUAAUUUGAUUCUGAUUCAAGUUUUGAAAAGAGAAUGGCCUCACAACUGGGAAACAUUCAUUAGUGAUAUUGUGGGUGCCUCGAAGACCAACGAAAGCCUUUGCCAAAACAACAUGGUGAUCCUCAAGCUCUUAAGUGAGGAAGUUUUUGUGUUCAGUACCGGCCAGCUCACUCAAACCAAAACAAAACAUCUGAAAGAUACCAUGUGUUCUGAAUUUAGCCAAAUAUUCCAACUCUGUCAAUUUGUACUUGAGAAUUCACAAAAUGCCCCACUUGUGGAAGCUACGCUUCACACUCUAUUAAGAUUUUUGAAUUGGAUCCCAUUAGGCUAUAUUUUUGAGAUGAAACUCAUAAGCACACUAAUAUUUAAGUUCCUCAGUGUGCCGCUGUUCAGAAAUGUGACUCUGAGUUGCUUGACUGAGAUCGCAGGUGUGACUGUUAGCAACUACGAAGAUCAGUUUGUUGCCCUUUUAGUGCAGACUAUGGACCAGCUGGAGGGGAUGCUGCCACUCACCACUAACAUCCGUGAUGCAUAUGCUACUGGACGUGACCAAGAACAAGUGUUCAUACAAAAUCUUGCACUGUUCCUUUGUACCUACUUGAAGGAGCAUUGUCAACUUAUUGAAAGAAGAGGAUUGACCAAUACGUUGAUGAAUGCAUUGCGCUAUCUUGUGUUGAUUUCAGAAGUGGAAGAAGUAGAAAUUUUCAAGAUCUGUCUGGAAUUUUGGAAUUCUUUAGCUGCUGAUUUGUACAAAAUUGCCCCUUGUUCUCAAUCAUCAAAUCUAGUUCUGGGCAAAAGUAUGGGCAGGAAAGCUCUCUAUGCUGAUGUACUGAGCAGCGUGCGCUACAUCAUGAUCUCGAGGAUGGCCAAGCCUGAGGAGGUGCUAGUGGUUGAGAAUGAAAAUGGUGAAGUAGUGCGGGAAUUUAUGAAGGAUACAGAUUCUAUCAAUUUAUAUAAAAAUAUGAGAGAAACACUAGUGUACCUUACCCAUUUGGACUACCAAGAUACAGAACGGAUUAUGACAGAGAAAUUGCAGGCUCAAGUGCAUGGCUCUGAGUGGUCUUGGAAGAACCUGAAUACAUUGUGCUGGGCCAUUGGCUCCACAUCUGGUGCAAUGAUGGAAGAGGAUGAGAAGCGGUUUUUGGUAGUGGUGAUUAAAGAAUUAUUGGGUUUGUGCGAGCAGAAAAAGGGCAAAGACAAUAAGGCUAUAAUUGCUAGCAACAUCAUGUAUGUUGUGGGACAGUACCCGCGCUUCCUCAGGGCUCACUGGAAGUUCCUGAAAACUGUUGUAAAUAAACUUUUUGAAUUCAUGCACGAAACUCACGACGGCGUACAGGAUAUGGCUUGUGAUACGUUUAUUAAAAUUGCGUUGAAAUGUCGGCGCCACUUUGUCACCACACAGGUUGGCGAAGCAUGCCCAUUUAUUGAGGAGAUUUUGAGCACUAUCAGUUCCAUCAUCUGUGACUUGCAAACUCUUCAAGUUCACACUUUCUAUGAGGCUGUCGGAUACAUGAUUAGCGCACAAGUGGACCAAGUUGCCCAGGAGCAAUUGAUUGAAAAGUACAUGUCUCUGCCCAACCAGGUGUGGGAUGAUAUAAUUUCGCAGGCAUCCCAUAAUGUGGAUAUUUUGAAAGACCCUGAGGCUGUCAAACAGUUGGUCAGCAUCCUUAAAACGAACGUGCGCGCAUGUCGCGCUCUCGGGCAUCCAUAUGUCGUGCAACUCGGCCGAAUAUAUCUUGACAUGCUGAACGUCUACAAAGUUAUGUCGGAAAACAUAAGUCAAGCGAUUGCACUGAAUGGUGUCGCCGUCACGAAGCAGCCUCUUAUUAAAAACAUGAGAAUUAUCAAAAAGGAAACACUGAAGCUCAUCUCUGGCUGGGUUUCACGCUCCACGGACAAUAGCAUGGUACUGGAGAACUUCAUUCCGCCCCUUCUAGACGCCGUUCUACUAGACUACCAGAGAACCGCAGUUCCCGACGCGAGAGAACCCGAAGUAUUAUCGUGCAUGGCAGCCAUAGUGUAUAAGCUGGGAGGCCACAUCACAUCAGAGGUUCCGAAAAUAUUUGACGCAGUUUUCGAAUGCACCUUGGAGAUGAUAAACAAGGACUUCGAGGAAUACCCGGAUCACCGGACAGAGUUCUUCUUGCUGCUACAGGCUGUGAACACAAACUGUUUCAAGGCAUUCCUGAGUAUACCGCCGGCGCAGUUCAAACUAGUAUUGGAUUCUAUUAUAUGGGCGUUCAAGCACACGAUGCGUAACGUGGCCGACACGGGGCUGCAGAUCCUGCACCGGCUGCUGCAGAACGUGGAGCAGCACCCGCAGGCGGCGCAGAGCUUCUACCAGACGUACCUGUGCGACAUCCUGGAGCACGUGUUCAGCGUGGUGACGGACACGUCGCACGGCGCGGGCCUCACCAUGCACGCGACCAUCCUGGCGUACAUCUUCUCGCUGGUGGAGGCGGGCCGCGUCACGGUGCCGCUCGGCCCGACGCCUGACAACGUCCUCUACAUACAGGACUAUGUGGCGAACCUCUUGAAAACUGCAUUUUCUCAUUUGACGGACAAUCAAAUAAAGAUCACCGUGCAAGGGCUGUUCAACCUGGACCAGGAUAUUCCAGCCUUCAAGGACCACUUGAGAGACUUCUUAGUUCAGAUAAGAGAAUACACGGGUGAGGACGACAGCGACCUGUACCUGGAGGAGCGGCUGUUCGCGCUGCGGCAGGCGCAGGAGGAGAAGCGGCGCGUGCAGCUCUCCGUGCCCGGCAUGCUCAACCCGCACGAGCUGCCCGAGGAGAUGCAGGACUAGGCGAGGUCAGCCCACCGGGGCGAGCUGUGAGUAGCGAUGGCCGAGUUUUUACAUGGCCGUGUUUGAACAAGGAAAACGUACUCAGAAACACCCUUCAGAAAAAAACGGCGCGAAUUUAAAUUUUCUACAGGAAGUCAAGCCUUGGCGCCUACAUUUUUUAUUUUUGCCGCCUUUUCCUACUGACAAACUGGGUGUGCCAGAGUAUAGUUUGGCCAGGGUCUGUCUCCUUUCAAGCAUAAUAAGUUUAUGGAAUGCAAAGUUAUCUUAAGCCGCGUUUACACUUAGUGUUCUGAACAGUUCUGAGCGAGCAAUCGUUCGUUCGUUUGGUAAAUGAAACACAUGCUCAAUUAGUGAGUGGGAAGAGCAAACACUUGCUCAAAACAAAAUGUUUGCUCAGAACACUAAGUGACAACGCGGCUUUUUAGACGGACUAGUAGGGUAAUAAUGUAUCAGCGUAUCACAGGCACAUCUGAAAAUCAUAACUGAAUACUUUGCCUCUGAUUAUUUUCUACGGUCACGCAUAAUUGUCAAAUAUAACUGAUAGAUUACAGACGAUUUUUUAGUUAUAUUUGACAGAUUUCCUUGACCAUAGACAAUAAUUUGCGCCAAUACACUUCAGUGUUGAAUUUCGGAUGUGUGUGCGAAGACCCUAAUGUAUGCAUAAUUUGUGUUCGCACGGGACUUUCAUCUACAAGUACGUUUUAGAAAAUGGCCGAUCGCUACUCGCUUUAACGUCGCUGAUCAGACAGCCGCCCUAAUCUCUUUUUGUAACUUUCAGAUACUAAAAUGACGUCGCGUUGCUUAUUUAUGACUUUAAAUCGGGGGAUACAACGAAUUAACUGCGGAACUUAAAAUUUACUAACUUAUUCGUUUUAGGGGAUAUUUGUCAUAUUUGUAGGUGUAAUUGGUAUAUAAAAUUCUUUAGUCAAACUGACUUACUUGACUAUGAUAGAUCUUAGUUGCAUUAUGGUUAAGAAUGGUGAGUUAACUAUGUCAACAAUCUGUACAUUGUUAUAUCUUAUUUUUUUAUUUCACUGUACUACGCUAAGUUUGCCGCCUUGUGGGUUUCUUUCUUUCUUCAUAAGUCAUAUCCAACUGUCAUUUUAGUAUCUGGAAAAUAAUAACUGAGACGAGACACUUGUUUGACCGAGGAAUCGAAUAUUCUCGAUUACUCUUAAGAGUCUCUUAAGGCUGCCCAUUAGGAUAAACUCCUAGCUACGCCGAAGACUAGUAACAGUUCACUAAAAUACGCUACAACCACUUGACACUAGGAAUGGUGUUUUCGCAGAAAACGGUCUACAACGACUAAGUCAAUAUUUAGAACUGUUUGCACGACCGAUAAUCUAUAAACAAAGUUUUUUACCCACUUUGACUUGAACAGUUCAUGUUGCUAUUGGUUUUACAUACAAUUCAAAUUAAAACCACAACUUCAAUUAUAGAGCCAUGGUCAAGAAACUAUGAUUUAAUCCGACUUUGCAUGGUGUAUGUCUCUUUAAUCGAUUUAACUUGUUUAACCAUCGUUGUAGUUAGAAAUCUUUGAAAUCUCGAAAUAAACGAAAAAGAAAAACAUCGUUUUUAAACUAAAUUCAAAAUUACUUGUAUAUAAAGCCAGAUCAGUGUGGUUUCGUAUUAGUGUAAGGGCGCUGUGACGUAAUAAUUAUAAUAUAGAUCAGGAUUUUGUACGGCUUAUGUAAUAGUAUUUUUAUAUUUUUGGACACAAUGUUAACAACCUGUUGUUAUAGCAACCCAACUCUGUGAUUUUUUAAGGCAUUGUUUACCAAUUGUGUGCGAUCCACUACAAAAUACGCAUAUCCCGGAGAAGAUAACUCCUUAAUUCCGGUUCCUUAGUGAUGACCCAAUGCCACGGAAUUCAGAGAAAAAUGUCUAUGGUCACGGAAAAUCUAUCAGACAAAAUUAGCAGAAUUUAAAGAGCUGACGGAAAGGAUUCUAUUAGAUCGGCCAGAACCAUAGACAUUCCAUUCUGAAUUCCCUCACGUUUGUGGUAAGCAGUUGAUUCGCUUGCGCUCCGUCUAAUUGGAAUUAACAACCUAACGUAUCAUGAGUAAGCACAUUCUGCUUCGACUUAUGGGUUUAAAAGCGAAUUAGACCAUUUCGUACCACUGGCUCACCGCCAAUGGUAUAAAUGUGGUUCUUUCUGUAAAUGUGGCAUUCUAGGUAAUAUUGCCCAUCAGGACAACUUGUAUAUUUGACGCAGACCAAGGCUAAUCGCAUAGAAAGCAUUGCCUUAGAUAAAACCAGAGAAGACAGCUUGUACUUAGUGGUUCACUAGUUAGGGGGAGUCACGUGCAUCGUAGUUGGCGAGCCUAGUUUACGCUUUUCAACUAUUAUUUGUAGCAUUUAAUACGUAUUAAGGGUCAAGUAAUUUCAAUAGAGUUAGCCCCAAUAACUACUAUUAUACUAUUUGCACGUUUAGUGUGCGUUUCGAGAGUUUUGAGCAGUUCAUAAAAUAAGUGCACAGUUAAGCUUGUUUCUCGCGAGAUUUCUCGUUUUGUACGAGAUCCGACCCGAGAUGUCGUUCGUAUCAUCUAGUUUGAUACUGAGCUAAAAUGAUAAGUUAUUUUGCCAAAACAACCUCUAAGCUAAGCUGAUAAGGGUGACUUCUUCGAGUUAUGUGUAUCACAAUUUACAACAUGUGAUAAAAACAGUAACUGCAUGCCACUUGGAUGGAAAGUCACUUGUAUAAGCCUAGCUACAAUAUUUCGAAUGUAAAUGAGAAACGAUUUAAUAUGGACAUAACUGAAUAAGCUGCCAAUUUCAUGAUCCACGUUUGAUUUAAUUUUAAAGUACUUUGAUGUUAUAUUUGUAAGUUUUAAAAUUGUAUAAUAACGAUAGGACUCGGCUCUGCAGCGAGGCAGCAAGACUAGUGGUUAAGAUAUCACAUUUAAGUGGACUGUUAUCAUAGUUUUACGUGGAUGCAAAUCUUGUGCCUAUAAAAUAUUACCUUAUUCUGCCAGAUUGUACAGAGCCCGUAUGGAACAUGUAAGGUGAUGAAUGCUAGGAAGGUUGGAUCACAAACCACUCCGAUAAGGGCAUAUUUUGCCGGCACAAGUCGUAGGUGGGCCUUAUUUAAGCAAGCAUUAAAUCAUGCAUCAAUUUACAUUGCUAGAUGAGAUAGAAUAUUUCUAUGUUUUUAAGUAAUCUUCAAAUGUAAUGAAAUCUCUGUGAUGGAACCAGUGUCGGAUGUUCAACAUGUGCGCUACUAAAGCUGAGUAUUAAUUCGUAGAUUCUAGGUAAAACUUUAUGAAGUGAAUUGCUGUUAGUAACAUUUUUUUAUGUUUUGUUUAAUGUUGUCUCAACUAAUUUCAUGAUGGUUUGGGAAUCUGAACACUCAGGGUAGUAUCCAAACACAUUUUGGGCCCGAUUAACUGUCAGUCUUUCAUUUUGUGUUUGAAAUAAACAAAUAAAUAUUAAGUGA